AUGGCCAGCAAGGAAGCCGGGCAGGCAUUCGCCCCGGUCCUGGCGGCCGUCGCGACAAUGCAAGGGAAUGUGCCCAGGUCUGAGAAGACUCAGGCCCAUGAAUUCCUAGAGAAGUUCCAGAAAUCGAUUGAGGCAUGGACAACAACCCACGCUUUAUUACAGUCCCCCGAUGUGCCGGUCGAGGCCAAACUGUUCGCCGCGACUACACUGAAAGGAAAGAUCAUCUUCGAUCUCGAUCAACUUCCCCCCGAUGCGGUUGUGGCGCUCCGAGACUCCGUUCUGAAUCUGUUGGUGGCAUUUGCAUCGGGCCCGCGGCCCAUCCAGACUCAGCUAUGCGUGUGCUUGGCCAGUUUGGCGAUCCAGAUGGUUGCGUGGAAGGAUGUUCUGGCGCUCGUAGGGUCAGCCUUGGGAAGCAGCGCAGGAGACUGCGUGCUGGAGUUCCUGAAAAUCUUGCCCGAGGAAGUCACCGAGGGUCGCAAGAUUAACCUCAGCGAGGACGAAUUGCUCGUGAGAACCAAGGAGCUAUUGGAAGACAAUGCGGAGCAGGUCAUGCAGCUGAUGAUUCAAUACUCUCAAUCAUCGCCUACCGCUGCAACCAACCCUCGUCUUCUCGACUGCAUCACUUCGUGGCUGCGUGAAAUCCCCGCUGCCAAGGUCGUUGAAUCACCCCUCAUGGACGUGAUCAUCAAGGCCCUCGACAACGACGUGUCUUUCGACGCAGGUGUCGACUGUGUUUGCACGCUUUACCGAGACACCAAGGAUGUCGACGAGUCACUUCCCGUCAUUCAAGCGCUCUACCCGCGACUGAUGGCUCUUCGCCCCAAGAUUGCCGAAACCGCCGAGGCCGAGGAUUUGGAGGCAUUCAAGGGUGUCACAAGAAUGUUUGCAGAGGCUGGAGAAGCUUGGGUUGUGCUUAUUGCGCGUCUGCCGGGUGAAUUCCGGGGUCUCGUGGAGGCACUCCUCGAGUGCUGUGCUCGGGACUGGGAGCGUGAUGCGAUCUCUCUGACCUUCAUGUUCUGGUACGAACUCAAGCAAUACAUCACCCUGGAGCGCUAUGGUGAGGCCCGUGUCAACUUCCAAGACAUCUUCUCCCAGCUGGUGGAUAUUAUGGUCAAGCACCUGGAGUAUCCCAGCCCGGAGGAAGGCGAAACCGACUUGUUUGGUGGAGACCGCGAGCAGGAAGAAAAGUUCCGUCAGUUCCGUCAUGCCAUGGGUGAUGUUCUCAAGGACUGCUGUGCCGUGAUUGGCGUGACCAACUGUCUCGGCAAAAUCUACCAGCUGAUCCAGCAGUGGGUAGGCCAGUAUGCUUCGCAGGCCAGCAAUGACCAUGUUCCUCACUGGCAGGAAUUGGAGGCUCCUCUUUUCGGUCUCCGUGCAAUGGGCCGGAUGGUCGACCCCGAGGAAAGCACUGUCCUUGGACAGUUGAUCCCUCUGAUUGUCCAGAUCCCAGACCAGGAGAAGGUCCGAUUCCAGGCGAUUAUGGCGCUGGCGCGUUACACGGAGUGGACCGCUCUCCACCCCGAGACCCUCGAGGCCCAGCUCAACUAUGUGAUUUCCGGAUUCCACCACAGCUCUCAAGAGGUCGUGCAGGCCUCUGCUCUUGCCUUCAAGUUCCUGGGUACAGACUGCCAGAAGCUGCUUGGUGGUCAUAUCGCUCAGCUGCACUCCUUCUUUGAGUCAGUUCUCGACAAACUGAAGCCUGCCAGUCAGGAGGAAGUGACUGAGGGUGUCGCCGCCGUGGUUUCCGUUCAGCCCCACGAGAAGAUCUACGAGUCAUACAAGAUGUUCUGCGAUCCGAUCAUGGCCCGAAUCAUGAACCUCGCCAACAAUGCGCAGGAUGAAGAAGGCCAGCGAGCUGUAGCCGACCACUUACAGCUGAUCACCAUCUUUGUACAGGUGGUGACUCCCAUUGUUGCACCAGGGGAAGAAAAUCCCGCCGUCAAAUACUGUGGUGAGGUUCUCCCUAUUAUGACCACGAUUGUCAUGAACUUUACGUCUUCCACACCUAUUCUUGAACGAGUGUGCCGCUGCUGGCGCUACAUGAUUAUUUCUUACCGCACCGGCAUGAUCUCUCUUCUGCCUACCUUGGCCGAGAGUAUCGCGAACGGCUUCCAGGCGUCGCGCGAGGGUUGCUUCUUGUGGGCCACGGACGCAGUGGUGCGUGAGUACUCGGAUGGCGCCGAGUAUGUCGACCAGGCUACCAGUGAUGCCGUCUUCCAGUUCUAUGAGCAGCAGGCCAUUGCUUUCCUGCGUAUUUUGAACGACCUCCCUCCCGAGAACCUGCCCGAUGUGAUUGAGGACUUCUUCCGUCUUUCAUCUGAUGCCGUCCGAUACUACCCUAAGAAGUGCAUCAGCUCGUCUCUGGCUGUCCCCAUCUUCUCUGCUGCUCUCAGCGCCCUCACGCUUCAACAGGUCGACCCUCUCAUCGCCACGCUUCACUAUUACCGGGAUCUUUUCAGCUUCGCAUUUGACAAGCCGAUGGUCUCGGAAUUCACCACCCCCGAAGGCCAGCCUUACUCCACCCCACCCGAGGUUCGCGAGGCUGUGAAGGCAUUGAUUGCCUCGCAGGGUCAGCCCUUGGCGCAGCGUGUUUUGACUGGCAUGAUGUUCACCUUCCCGGGUGACUGCUUCCCUGAUGCCUCCGGUGUGAUUAUGACGAUGUUCGAGCUGCUUCCCCAGGAAAGCGGCGCUUGGCUACAAAGUACGCUGCAGAUGUUGCCUGCUGGUUCUAUGAAGCAGGGCGAGGCCGAACGACUCCUCAAGAACGUCUCCGACAAAGUACAGUCGGGAGAGACCCGCAAGAUCCGUGCUCUCCUUCAAGACUUCACCAACUCGUACCGCCGCCGCAAUGUGGCUCCACGCGAUGGACUCGGCCGUCUGGAGGCCACCCGGUUCCGAUUCAGCGGCUGA